CUCACCAACUCACCAUAACACACCACUUUCUGUCACUGGUGCAAACACACUCUCUCACACACACACACACACACACACACACACACAUACUGAGUGGCAUCCUCAUAACAGACUGAGACGCCCUUGGACUGCUGCAGGCUAGUGUGACUCACCAGGAUGAGGCUGUCGUCACAGGAACGAUAUGGGGAGAUGUGUGUGGUCCUGCUGGGCUUCCUGACACUGGCAGUGUCAGUUGGGAACCUGUCUACCAGGGGGACAACGGAAGAGGGUGUGGCUUCCAACAGUCUGGAGGAGAAGCUGGAGGUGACGACAUACUGGUGGGGAGAGUGGGCCAAGUGGACCGCUUGCACUCGUACCUGUGGAGGUGGAGUGAUGUCACAGGAAAGGCACUGCCUCAAACAGAGAAAGAAAGUUGCCACUGGUAAAAACAACAUGACCUGCACAGGCACUGCAAAGAAGUAUCACCUGUGCAACACUAAAGAAUGUCCUACCAGUGGGAGGAGCUUCAGAGAGGAGCAGUGCUGGUCCUUCAACUCACAGCUUUACAAUGGGAGGAACUAUCAGUGGAAACCUCUGUAUCCUGAUGACUACGUACACAUCUCAAGCAAUCCAUGUGAUCUCCACUGCACCACGACCGAUGGCCAGAGGCAGCUAAUGGUGACUGCACGGGAUGGCACAUCUUGCAAGUACAGCAGCUACCAUGGUGUCUGCGUGGACGGUAAGUGUGAGCCAAUCGGAUGCGAUGGAGUGCUGUUUUCCUCCAACACGUUGGAUAAGUGUGGGGUCUGUCAGGGCGAUGGCAGCAGUUGCAGCAGAGUAACAGGAAACUUCCGGCGUGGGGCCACAACGCUGGGUUACUCUUUCAUAACUCAAAUACCUGAAGGAUCAUGGGACAUUCAGAUCAUUGAGAGGAAGAAAUCGGCUGACGUUCUGGCUGUGACGGACCAGGCUGGAAACUUCUUCUUCAAUGGGGCCUACAAAGUGGACAGUCCCCAAAACUUUCAUGCUGCUGGCACCAUCUUCAAAUACCGCAGACCAAUGGACGUGUACGAGACUGGGAUCGAGUACAUUGUUGCUAAAGGCCCCAUUGAUCAGGCUAUCAAUAUCCUGGUGUGGAAUCAGAAUGGUCGUACUCCAUACAUCACCUACGAAUACACUGUUCUGCGGGACUCCCUGCCACCCAUCCCACCUCCUCCUGUCUACACUGGAUCAGACAGCUCAGCUGGUGAGGCGUCUGUGGAGCUGGGGAGUUUGCUGUCUCCUAACAGCAGUGUUUACGACAAGUCCAGUCCUCAGGGCCAGCUCGAGCCGGGAGGCACAGACGGACAGAAGGGUCCAGAGACUAAUGAGGUGUAUGAGGAAACGGCAGCCAUUGACUGUGACCAGGAUGGAGCAGCUGCCCCAAAAUUCACAGAAGGAAACAGCAGUCAUACAGGCAGCACGGCCAACCCUGCAGCUGUUGAAGCCCUGGACACAGGACCAGAUUCCCCAAAUCUCAUCUGGAGGGUCCUGCUGGAUGGCCAACUCAGCCCUGAUGAGCUACUCAUUAACAUUUCAACUAAUCAACUGCUGACUGAGGGCGGCAGCCUGUUCUUGCCAGAGGUGGGUCCACCAGAGGCAGAGCUAAGCAGCCUGGAGCGAGAUUUUGGUCUCAAUGAGACAAUGGAAUACACGCUGGGCCGCAAACGCAAUGACAGUGGAGACACUUUGUACCAGAACAAAACAGUGCAGGGUGGUGGGAGGAGCUCCAACCGCUCCAACAGAACCAGGGGGAAUCAGAGGCUCCAUCAGAAGAACCUGAAACUGAGCGCUGCGGACAUGUACCGCUGGAAACUCUCGUCUCAGGAGCCAUGCAGCAUGACAUGCUCGAUAGGAGUUUCAAAGUCUUUUGUCACAUGUAUUCGCUAUGAUGGUGUCGAGGUGCACGAUAUGUAUUGUGAUGCUCUGACCAGACCUGAGCCGGUCCACGACUUCUGUAUUGGCCGAGAAUGUCAGCCCAGGUGGGAGGCAAGCAGCUGGAGCGAGUGUUCCAGGACCUGCGGGGAAGGUUUCCAGUUUCGGCAGGUUCGCUGUUGGAAGAUGUUGUCUCCGGGCCUGGACAGCUCUGUCUAUAGCGACCUGUGUACCAUAGUCGACCUGGAGAGACCCAUGGAGAGACGAGCCUGCAAAAGCCCAGCCUGUGGGCCACAGUGGGAGGUGGCCGAGUGGACUGAGUGUCCUGCUAAAUGUGGCCGAAAGGCCCAGGUGACCCGUGAUGUGCGCUGCUCUGACGAGGCCAGACCAUGUGACCUGAUGACCAAACCACCAAUCAUCAAAAACUGCACAGGACCGCCCUGUGAACGCCACUGGACUGUGUCUGAGUGGGGACCUUGCUCGGGCUCGUGCGGCCAGGGGAAGAUGGUGCGUCAUGUGUACUGUAAGGCUCUGGACGGUCGUGUGGUCCCUGAGAAUCAGUGCUCUGUGGAAAACAAGCCGCUGGCCAUCCAUCCCUGUGGGGAGAGAGACUGUGCUCCACACUGGCUCAGCCAAGACUGGGAGAGGUGCAACACGACUUGUGGUCGUGGUGUGAAGCAAAGGAGCGUCAUGUGUGUCGGCAUCAAUGGAGGAAAGUUUCAGAUCUUUGACGAUGAAGCGUGUGGAGGGAGCGAGAAGCCAGAGGAGGAAAACACCUGCUUUGAGAGACCGUGCUUCAAAUGGUACACCACUCCCUGGUCAGAGUGCACCAAGACCUGCGGUGUUGGAGUGAGGAUGAGGGACGUAAAGUGUUACCAGGGCAGAGAGCUGGUCCGAGGCUGCGACCCCCUCACCAAACCAGUGGCCAAACAGACCUGCACCCUUCAGGCCUGUCCCACGGAGCCUCCAGAUGAGAGCUGCCAGGAUCGCCCCUCCACCAACUGCCUGCUUGCUCUCAAAGUGAACCUGUGCAGCCACUGGUACUACAGCAAGGCAUGCUGCCACUCGUGCCGUGCCAUACGACCUCCACCCUCCUAGUCCAGCUCCUCCACCCAACUCCAACAUGAAGACAUAUAUGGCUAUGUUUACUUGUACAGCAGUUACUGUGAAUAAUGCGGAAGACAAAGAGCUAAAAAUCCAUUUUUAUAAAGCUUACUCCAGUAACUUGUAUUUAUGUUUGCCCACUUUAAGUUGGAUAUUUUAAAUGAAUGAAAUCUGAUCUGAAACAACACAUGUUGACACAUUGAUUUGGAGUGAAUGGUAAGAUGUUCCUCAGUAAUUUCAAACAAAAACAAAUAUUGAACUUUUAUUUUCUUAUUUUCUGGGGUUUUUUUAUAACGCAUAAUGUUUUUUCAUCAACUACCAGUACUUCUAGUUUUUCCUGGGACACACCAAGGCCACUGCAGAAAAUGUGUCUCAUUGCCGCUGUCUGUCGAUUUUGGUCAGUAAUACCAUUCUCUAUAAGCUUGAGAUGCAAUAACUCUCAAAAUCAGUAGGUGGCAGUAGUCUGUUUUCAUCACAUGAAAAAGAUAAACUGGUAGAACAAAGAGAAACCUUGCUACAGAGCAAAUGGCAGGAACAAAGACACAUCACUGUCACUAACAGUUCCACUGCUUGACCUCAACAGUUUUUCACUUAGAACAGCUCUACACUUAAGCUCAGAUUAGACCUGCAGCUAACGAUUAUUCUCAUAAUCUAUGAAUCUGUCGACUAUUUUCUCAUUUAAUCAUGUUCUUGUUAUGUCCUUAAACUGUAAGAAAAUGUUGAAAAAUGUUGAUCAGAGUUUACCAAAUCUGGAAAUGAUAAUGUUUUCAAAUGUCUUUUUUUGUCCACAAACCAAAAUUAUUCAGUUUUAACAAUUGCUUUGUUAUAUGGAGCAAAUAAACAAGAAAUUAUUCACAUUUGAGUAGUAUUUAAAAAAUCAGAGAACUUUUUGUUUGAGUUCUGUUUUUUUCAAUAAUUAAAACAGAACUCAAACCAAUUAAUCGAUUAUCAAAAUAGCUAACGAUUAAUAAUCAAAUAAUUGUUGCAGCCAUAGUUCUAUAGUGUAACUUAAGAAAGAACAGUCUGGAAAUGCCAGGUAAAAAAAAAGAAAUGAGUAUAAUUAUUAUUAAAAAAAAAUUAUUUUAUUUUUUUCUUGAGGUGAUUAAUGAAAAAUGCCUCCUGUGGGAGUAUUUAUUUUUUGAGCUUUCUUUGAUUUUCUUGCUUCUGCUUUUCUUCUCCCGUGGGGACGUCUAAAACGCGUAACAUGAAAAAGCUUAACAUAGUUUAAUGUCCCAAAACAGCGAUCGAUCAUCUCAUGGAUACCUCUAAGUAUGUCCAUAAGAAAUUUGGUGAUGAUAUGUCCACUUUCACCUCUCCAAAAGUCUAAGCUUAAUGUAGCUUGGUGUGUCCCGGCCUCAACAGUUCUUAGUUACAGCUGAAUUUACCUUUUCUUUUUUUUUCAUCAUGACAUUGAUCAUCACAUCUGAACCAUAACAGGAAAUGCUGAUUAGUGUUUCAGCUCUGAUUGAACAUUGUCCUCUGACAUCAUGGGGAGUUGGGGACACAGUGGAGUCACCAGAUACAUUAAAUUAUUUCUCAUCUGAACAUAAUGCAUGGUUAGGAUAUAUAAUGCAGAUACCAUUUAAUCUUAUUUAAUUGUGUUUGGGUUCGAAGUCUGUCACGGCCCAACAGGAAGUAAGACGAAAAUACACUGCCUGGCCAAAAAAAAGUGGUCUAAUAUUUGGUUGAACCGCCUUUAGCUUUGAUUACACUCACUCGCUGUGGCAUUGUUUCCAUAAGCUUCUGCAAUGUCACAAGAUUUAUUUCUGUCCAGUGUUGCAUUCAUUUUUCACCAAGAUCUUGUAUUGAUGAUGGAGAGUCGGACCACUGAGCAAAGCCUUCUCCAGCACAUCCCAAAGAUUCUCAGUGGGGUUUAGGUCUGGACUCAUGUAAUGGCCAAUCCAUGCGUGAAAAUGAUGUCUCAUGCUCCCUUUACCACUCUUUCACAAUUUGAGCACAAUGAAUCCUGACAUUGUCAUCUUGGAAUAUGCCCGUGCUAUCAGGGAAGAAAUCCAUUGAUGGAAUAAUCUGGUCAUGCAGUAUAUUCAGGAAGUCAGCUUACUUCAUUCUUUGGGCACAUGAUGUUGCUGAACCUGGACCUGACCAACUGCAGUUACCCCAGAUCAUAGCACUGCCGUCACAGGCUUGUACAGUAGCAUUAGGCAUAAUGGGUGCAUCACUUCAUCUGCCAAAUCCAGGUGGCGACAUUUUUUUGGACCAGCCAGUGUAUAUAUAUAUAUUUACAUUCCUCUACCAUAUUUAUUAGUCAUAGCACAUUUUCAUUUAUCUUGACGCUCCUGAUGCCAGUUGGUGGUUACUCAUCAGCUCAGCUGAGGCCAGUUGUUGUGUGUGUGCAUGUGUGUGUGUGUGAGAGGAGAGAGGCCGAACAAACACACACACACAGAUAAAGAGUCCUGACACUUGAAGUAUGAAAUGUAUUCAGACGUGUACAUGUAUGUCUCAUGUUUAACUAAUGUGUACUGUGUUUUUAUAUGGAUACCUCUUUUUACGAAACAAAAGUAUGCAAAUUGUAUAUUGAUGAUAAUAAACUGAAAAACAAAUGGUACUGACUUGUAUUUUAAAUAAAUAACAGUUCAAAUGAG